AUGGAUCCCGGUGAAGGAACUUCUGAUUCUAAUAGAAUUAAUAGAAAGCGAAAACAAAUGUUUACGAUUUUAGAGGACAGUGAUAUAGAGGAGGAAUUGUUCGCUGAUCACUCGGAAGACGACUACCAGCCUAGUGAGGAGGAGUCAGCGUCUGAAAGUGAAGGUGAGGUGCAACUUUACAAUAUUGAAUUACGUCCUCCGGGACAUCGAACAUCCUCGCCCAUAGCUCAAGAUCAAGACCUGCAGGGUAAUUCGCCUUUUGUCACUUCAUCACUAGACAAUCAAAGUCAAGUCCAGGCAUAUCAGCCCUCUACAGCAGGCUCAACUUCUGUAUGGACAACUACGGGAGACCUAAAUAAAUUUGAUUUUACAAAAUCUAAUGAAUUUUAUGGCGAAGUAAUGGGAGUCGAGCCUAUUGAUUACUUUAAUUAUUUUUUCAAUGACGAUUUGUUCACGCUGAUUUGUAGUGAGACAAAUGCCCAGGCUCAAAGAUUAUUAGAUGCUCAUAAACGGCCACGAAAUGAGGAAGAACCAAAUAGAGGUAGAGAUUAUUCGAGAAUUACCUCUUGGAAAGAUGUGACCGUCCCUGAGAUGAGAAUUUUUCUCGGCCUCUUAUUCCACAUGGGGACUAUACCUCUGAGUCGUCUAAAUGAUUAUUGGAAAACAGAUAGACUAUUUUCAAUACCGACUUUUGCUCAGCAAAUGAGCAGAAACAGAUUUCUGCUUAUAAUGAGGUGUCUACAUUUUACCUCUGAGUUAGAAAGUAAGGACCCCUUAUUCAAGAUAAGAAGUCUCAUUGAUUAUUUCAACAAUAAAAUGAUUGAAUGCUAUUAUCCGGCUGCCCAAUUAUCUCUAGAUGAGAGUAUGGUGCUGUGGAGAGGGCGACUGAGCUUUCGGCAAUUUAUAAAAAACAAACGCCACAAAUACGGCAUAAAACUAUAUAUGUUGACAGAACCAGAUGGCUUGAUAUUAAAAUUUCGAGUGUAUGCAGGUGGGAAAGACUCAGAAGUAGCAGGGAAGGGCCAUGCUGAAAAAGUAGUCAUGGAACUACUUCAUGAAAAACUAAAUUGUGGUCAUGAAUUAUAUAUGGACAAUUUUUACAACAGUUUUGGUUUAGCAAAGAAGUUGCUUGAUAAUAACACGUAUUGCACGGGCACUCUACGCAAAGAUCUGAAAGAAAAUCCUCGAGAACUUAUGAAUAAAAAAUUGAAAAGAGGGGAAAAUUAUUCAAUGUUUAGAGAAGGAGUUCACGUUGGCGUGUGGAAAGACAAACGUAUUGUGCCCUACAUUACUACACAAUACGAAAACAGAAUGGUUCCAGUUGCAAAUAAACGUGGUCAAGUUACACAAAAGCCAGAGGCUAUUUCAGAAUAUAACAAUUACAUGUCAGGAGUGGACAGGCAAGACCAACUUUUGGCGUACUAUCCUUGCGAAAGAAAAACUUUACGGUGGUAUCUAAAGGUAGCCAUCCACACAUUUCAAUUACUCUUGUUGAACUCUAUGAAAAUGUUCAACAAAUAUUCAGGGCAACGUAAAAUGUCUCGACUACGAUUACCGAUUGAGUGUAAUAAAUGCUCUUCUCCCUGA